AUGUCCGGUUCCCUGUUCACUGACGAGCCUGAUUACAGUUUGCUGUGGACUGACCAGGAGGCGAAGUCUGGUUAUACCUCCUGUGUGAAGGCUGAACUGUGCGUGCCUUACUUCUUUAGGGAUGUUGGCAGAUGCGAACGAAAAUACCCUGGGGGAGAGCCUAUAGGUCGUUCUGGCGUCUUUGAUUACCUCUUUGAUUUUUACAACUACUUCUUCCCCACGCAUUUGUGUCGGAACUGGUAA